AUGUGGAAGGCCUCUCUCUUACUGUUAAGUUUACUUUCAUCGGUAAGUUUGAAUUGGACAAUAAAACAUGAAUAUCUAAAAGCCCGCAUUGCAAAACAUUACGAUUUGUUUGAAAACCUAAUUGCUUCCUCUGAAGUUUGAUGGAUUCCUUCCGCCGAAUUCUAUCUCAUUUCGGUAGUGACGCGAGAAUCAAUCGAUCGCCCAAAACCGACUAUUUGAUUGGUUUUUAACGACCUUCUAGAGCAAGCGGUAGCUAGAGCGACGGAAGAAAAUUGCAGACUUUGGCGGAUGGAAACUACUUCAAAGUACUACUGAGAGAAAUCGACAAUCCCUCGGGAAGCCUCGCAAACGGAAAUGCGUGCAGUGAGUUCAACUAUCUCGGAAUCGGAUGCACCACGUACAUCAGAGCAGCGGUCAGCGCGUAUGACACACCUUUCAGAGUUUAAAAUCAAUGAUUUUGCAUGUUUCAGAGGAGGCGUUAAUGUGUCAAACUCGGACACUCUCAACUCAAAUACUCCGAUAAACAGUCACGGAGAAACUCGUGUCUCCAAUUUGAACAUCGUCGUGGCUGACGCGAACCCGGACGCCGUCGACGCUUUCACAGUAAACUCUUUUGAGCGGCUCUGCCAAUUCAAUCUUCUCAGGGUUUUGAUUUGCACAUUGAGCUCGCUUCUGACGAUCAGUUCCAAAACAUCAUCGAUGACUACACUCUGCACGUUGAUUCCACUCUCAGUCAGGGCGUCUACACGUACACCAGUCUCCGCGCGAAUACACUUCCCACCACGUAUCCUUUUCGUUUUCCGAUAUCUUCCCACAAUUUAACCGUUCAGAAUUUCAAUCGCCUGGGCCACAAACAUUGCUCCGCCAAGUACCUCGAGCACUCCGGAGCCGACGACCAGUGGCAUUCCGUUCACUGGAUCCACCCCAAGUCAAGGACCGACUGAACCUCCCACUACUAGUUACUAGUUAGUCUUAUCCCGUAAUCUGAGUUACUUAUUUCAGCUCCACGACUUCCGGUGGAUUGUGAUGAGGUCGCCAACAAGACAUCCGGUCCUCAGAUAAUUUACCCAGAUGGAACCAAUCCAGUUACCGUUUAUUGCGAUCAGGCGAGCUAUGGAUCAUACACAGUCAUUCAAAGGUUUCAUCCGUAUUUUUUUAAUGAGGAAAUCGAAGCUUCUUUUCAGUCGCGGAACGAAGGGAACCAACAUCAGUUUUGAUCUUCCAUUAGCCAAUUAUACUGACUGGUUCGGAGAGCCGGGAAUCGGAAACAACUUCUGGCUCGGACUGGACAACAUGAAUGCAUUGAGCAAGACCGGAAAAAGUUACGCAUUGCAAAUCGAUCUUUGCUGCGCCAGCAAGCUCGUCAAGAAGUACUUCUAUCACAGUUUCUCUGUAUGUUCUUAAUGCUUUGAUAGUUCUCGUAAAGGUUCUUUUUGUAGGUUGGUGAUGCCACCAGCAACUACAAGUUGAGCGCUACGGCAGAUUUGCCCGGAGUAGGACUGGCAUACACAUCUACAGGCAAGUACAUCAUUCUUAGAAAUAAGACAAUUGUCGUUCAGUCUCUGACAUUGGAGCUGUUUUCUCAACCCAUACCACGUACACUCUACCUAAGGGAAAGUGAGUCAAUUUAUCAGUUGUUUCUUUAGAUUCAAUAAAAACAUUCUUUAGACCAGAAUGUGAUCAAUUUGAUUAUUUCGACGAUAAUAGCAACAUGCAAGCAGUUGGAUAUGGGUGAGGUUGAUCUUGCUUCUGUCUGCAAUUGAACCGACUCUUUCAGUGGCUGGUGGUUCGGAAGUUGCGGUAACAAUCUGAACGGAUUCCUUUAUCCCAACAACGGAGGAAACUGUGCCGUUCCUGCCACGUCAGUACUUUCCGUAUGUACUAGAUUUUCCACUUUCUAUAUUUUCAGGACAUUCGUCAGUACCAAAAUGCUCGGAGUAAACCUGAGAACCUCAGCUGGAACCAAUCCUGAUGGAUAUGACGUGGAUUUGGUGUCCUAUGACAGAGUCCGCAUGGCUCUUUUCACCUUCGAUUCUGCCAUCGUGAAUCAGAACGACGACUCAUUCUGUCAUUAA